AUGGGAAAUUCAUUAAUAAUAAAAGAACGAAAUAAAAACAACAAUGAAGAAAUUACUUUGAUAUGGUUGGAUUGCAAAAUGAAUGCAGUCGAUCAUGUAGAUGACACCAAGAAACGAUUGUAUUAUAUUAAUGAUUAUGUUGUAUUUUUUACUGAACUAGAAUCUUGUAUUAAAUAUAUGGAGUCGAUUCAUAAUGAAAAAAUCUUGUUGAUCUCCUCCAUUUCUGAUAUAACACAAAUACUAACUCAGAUUGAAAAUUUAUCUCAAAUUGAUAGCAUUUUUAUUUUCAAUUGGGAACAAAAAUUUAAUGAUUGCCCGAUUUUAAAACAUUCAAAAAUCAUUGGUAUUUUUAAUGAUUUCGAUAUGUUAUCGGUUUCGAUUGAAAAACAAAUAGAAUUUCUCAAUGAAAAUUUUCAAACCUUUAGUUUUUUUGAUCAAAAUGAACAUUUUAUAAAAGACUUAUCAAAACAUACAGCUGAUCUUCUCUGGUAUCAACUUUAUCAUGAUGUGUUGUGUCAGUCAACAUACAUUACUGAAGAUGCUUUACAAACAAUGAUUCACGAAUAUCGUUCAUCGUAUCGAGAAAAUAGUAAAGCUAUUGAAACAAUUGAAAAUUUUGCAAGGGAAUAUCGACCUGAUGAUGCUUUACAAUGGUACUUGAAAAAAACAUUUCUCUAUAGAAUGAUAAACAAAGCAUUAAAAGUCAAAGAUAUUGAUCAAUUGCAUGUACUAAGGUGUUUUAUGAAAGAUCUAACACAAUGUUUUAUUCGUGAACAUCGAAAAUUGAUUGAGACAGGCAAAGAAAAACUCAUUGUCUAUCGAGGAAUGAAAUUAUCGAGAGAUCAGAUUGGAAAAUUUACAGAGAAUCUUGGUCAACUCAUUUCAACUAAUGGUAUUUUAAUCACAACUAGUGAUCGUUUAACCGCAUUGAAUCAAGUAAUAUCCAAUCAAAAAAACGCAAAUCUUUGUUCUAUUCUAUUGGAAAUCGAAUGUGAUUUGUUACAUAUUAAUGGUAUUGAUAUUAUUGCUGAUCUAGAGGAAGAGUAUCAAAUGAUUUUGUUCAAUUCAAAUGCUACUUUUCGAUUGGUUAACGUAAAAAUGAACGAAGAAAUUACUUUAAUUCAACUCACUCUAUCAAAUGAAAGUCAAACAAUAAAAGAAAAAUAUAUAAAUGAUUCUCGUCGUCGAAUAGCCAACAUUAGUCUUGAUAUUCUGUUUGGUCAAUUAAUGUGUGAUAUGGGCUUGUGGAAUGAAUCACAACAUUACCUAGAAUAUUUAUUGAAUAGUUCACAAUUGAAAAAUGAAGAUCUCAUACGGAUUGAAUAUAGUCUUGGCGAUGUUUAUCAAUGGAAAGCCGAAUGGUACGAUGCACGAAAACAUUAUGAUCGUGCUUAUGCUAUAAUAAAAAAUGUUCAGCCUAAAAAUAUCAAAGAAUCAGUUUAUGUGCUCUGGAAUAUUGGCAACAUCGCCUGUAAAGAAGGGAAAUAUGAAGAGGCUUAUGAUUAUUAUAGAAGAGCAUUGUCAUUUCUAAAGUCAAAUAAUACAUCUACAACAACACGUAGAGUUCUUUUGUUACAUGAUCCAUUCAAUUCUAUAUUAAGUCAUAUUCAUCGUAGGUUCAGAUUGAUAUUUAGCAAUAUAUUUGGAUUCAUCCAGUCGACGUCUAUCUGGUUUAGGACUAGAACAUGGUCGAAAUUUGUUAAUUUAUUACGCAGAAAACAAGAAACGAGGAAUGUUGAAUUUGUUAGUGAACUACCGAACAAAAUGAAGUUUGACGAAAUAUGUCGGGAAGUAUUAGACUAUGAUUGGCAACAGUGGUGUCUAGCUAAUAUGAACAGUUCAGUUCUCAUCGGUGCUAUUCUUCGAAGUCUUGGAAGAAUCUUGAAUGAGCAGUGUAGAUACAAAGAAGCACUCCUCGUUCAUCAACAAGCACUGACAAUUUUCGAACAAUUUUAUCAAUCUCCACACAUUGAGAUUGGUUCGAGUCUAUACUGUAUUGGUACAGUUUUUCAAUUUCAGAAAAAGAAUGAGGAAGCUCUUGAUUUCUGUGAACGAGCCAUGUCCAUUUUUAAAAGAUAUUAUCCAAAUGGUCAUCUAUACAAUGCUCAAAAUCUCAACAGCAUUGGUCAUGUUUUUUAUAGUCAAAUAAAAGAUAAUGAAUCUGAAAAUAAAUAUCGACAAGCAUUAGCAAUGAUGACAAAAUACUAUUCGUCAGGUCAUAUUAGUACAACUGAGAGUCUUAGUGGAAUAGGAAAUAUUCGCUGUCGACAAGGAAGAUACGAUGAAGCAUUGAUAUUUUAUCAACAAGUGUUGAAUAUUCUCAAAAAAUAUCACUCAUCUGGUCAUAUGAGCACCAUCAUUCUUUUGAACAAGAUUGGUUAUACAAAAAAGCAAGAAGGAAAGUAUGAUGAGUCUCUUGAAUUUCAUCGCAGAGCAUUAGAUAUGCAACAGAAAUAUUAUCCAUCUUAUUAUGCUGCAUUAGCUAACACUUUCAAUGUCAUAGGAAAUGUACUAGAAUGUACAUUAAAAUACAAUGAAGCAUUGGAUUAUUUUAAGCAAGCAUUCAACAUGCAAAUGAACUAUUAUCCGUCAGGUGAUAGUUCGAUGGCGGCAAGUCUCAAUAAUAUCGGCAAUGUUCUUUUUUACCAAAAGCAUUACAAUGAUGCUUUGAGUUAUUAUCAACAAACACUGACAAUUUUCCAAACACAUGCACCAUACGCUAGCAAUUCUGUAGCUUUUUGUAUGAAUAAUAUUGGAAUCACUCUAUGUAAGCAACAGAAAUAUGCUGAAGCUCUUGAAUAUCAUCAGAAAGCCCUUGAUACACUAGAAAAUAAUUUUUCGUUGUACCAAACUAGUAUAGCGAACAGUCUUAGUUACAUUGGCGAUCUUAUGAUCGAAGAGAAAAAAUACAGUGAAGCCCUCGACUAUUAUCGAAAAGCGUUAACAUUACUAGAAAACUAUCUGACUUCUCCACAUAUUAAUAUAGUUGAUAUUCUCAAUCGUAUUGGUAAUGUCUUAUACCAUCAACGGAAAUAUGACGAAGCCAUUGAGUUUUAUCAACGGUCAUUAUCGACUCGAGAGCAACUUAAUUCACUUCGUAGUAUUGAUAUGGCGACUGUUCUUAACAAUAUAGGGCAUACCUUAUAUAAGAAAGUGGAUUACGAUGGAGCUCUUGAAUAUUAUCGAAGAGCCUUAGUUAUUCAAGAAAAAUAUUAUAAAUCACCACAUAUCUAUAUUGCAAAGAGCCUUAACAGAAUCGGUGUUGCGUUAUACAGUCAGAAGAAAUACGAUGAAGCACUGGAAUUUUAUCAACAAUCAUUAUCUAUUCGAGAGAAACUAGAUUUACUUGAUAGUAUUGGUUCGGCAACUGUUCUUAUCAAUAUCGGGCGUGCCCUAUAUGAGAAAGCGGAUUACGAUGGAGUUCUUGAAUAUUAUCGAAGAGCCUUAGUUAUUCAAGAAAAAUAUUAUCAAUCACCACAUAUCGAUAUUGCACAUAACUUUAACAGUAUCGGUGUUACGUUACACGCUCAGAAGAAAUACAAUGAAGCGAUCGAGUUUUACGAAAAAUCACUGUCUAUUCGUGAAAUAUUAUAUCGAUUGGGUAGUAUUGAUACCGCUGUUGUUCUAAGUAAUAUAGGUCUUGCUAAGUAUCAAACGUAUGAUGAUGAUGGAGCUCUAAAUUUCUACCGUCGAUCAUUAACAUACUAUAAGAAAUAUGCAUCAAAUUGUUCGGAUAUUAUUACAUGUUUGGAUAGGAUAAUUUUAAUUUUAAAAGAUCAAAGGAAAUAUGAUGAAAUUGUGGAUACUCAAAAAGAAAAAUUGACAAUUCUUCAAAGCAACAUACCUAUCGAUCAAAUGAAAGUUGCGAAAUGUUUGAAUGACAUUGGUAUCACUUUAUUUGAGCAAAUGCAGUUUGAUCCAUCGAUCGACUUUUAUCAACAAGAAUUGACCAUACUGGAAGAACAUUACCCAUAUGAUCAUGUGAAUAUAGGUGUUUGCCUAUCAUGGCUCGUUGCUAACUUGCAUAGAAAGGCUGAGUAUGAUCGUGCUGUUGAAUGUUUACAAAGAUGGCUGCAAAUCACGGAAGCUAGUCUACCUGUUCAUGAGCUUUGCAUACAUGAAGUGUUCAAUUGGUUGCGAUUGAUAUCAAGGAAUAGAGGGCAACAUGAGCUAUCCCUUAUCUAUGAACGAAAUCAUUUGUUCAUGUGUCUGCAACAUCUACCACCAGAUCAUGAAUGCAUUGGUGAUAGGUUUUCAGCUAUAGGCGAAAUUUACGAAAAUCUUCAUCAACCGAAUUUCGCAUUGGAUUUCUAUAAACAAGCAUUUCUAAUAUACAAGAAAUGCUUGUUCUUAUUAGAUCUUCGCCUAUUGGUGACGAUAUGGAAUAUCGAACGACUGUCGGAAGAGCUUGGUAUACAAUCCGAUGAACUAAAUGAAUCUGAGUUUUUAUAA